CGACAUCUACUAUAAGUAUAGUACAGAGUCAUCUGGGAUGAAAGGACCAUGUUUCAUCACUUCUUACUUCAUGCAGCAUUUCAGACCAGCAGGUGGCUUCCAAGAGACCAGAGGUUGAAAUUUCAGAUCGUUCUUUUCAUCUUUGUGGUGCUUUUCCUGGCACCACAGUUUUACGUCUUGUGCAGGCCAAAGUCUUCACGAUAUUGUGAAAAGCCACUGUUAAACAAUUUAGUAGUCUUCAUUGUGUUCUCCUUCAUAGCAACAGGUUUGGCCGUAGCUCUCACCCUCACCGAUCCAGUUCCCAAGAUCAUCAGGGUGGCGUAUCACUCAUUCGGUUUGUUCUCGUUUACCUGCGGCCUCUGUACGGCCAUUCUUACCCUGACUGCACCUCAAUGUGCAAACACCACCCCAGAGUUGUAUAUAUUUUCUUUGGUGGUCUCUUGGGCUUGCAUACUCUCAACAGCUUUCUUUCUUAUCAGAGGAGGCCUUUUCCUGAUCCACAGAUUAUUUCCUCAUUGGUCAUAGGAUACUUGCCUCCGGGGUGGAAUAUGAGUCAGUCUGUCUGUAUGGCCUUCAGCUGACACUGAAUACAGCGCUUUUCAUGGAAGGGGGAUCUCCGCAACCACCACCAAUGUGCAGCAUCCACCUGGAUGAUGCGACGGAAGCCAUAUUGCACCAGAACACCCACCCCACGUCAGCUAAUUGGUGGAGAGGAGACUUGUACGUGUUAUAUAAUGCUAUUACUCAGUACACCUUUUUAAAGUGGGUUACUAUAUGACAAUACUGCCCAACAGAACUCCUGCAGCGUCUCAAAAACUUUAACAAUUUAAAACAUUGCUGCUGUGCUGUCCUUCUGAAACCUCAUAUCUCCAUAUUUAGUGAUUUAACUUUUUUGCCACAUGUCAUAGGUCACACUUAGUGUUUCUCACUGGGUUUUGCAAAUAUCUAACCAAUACAAAGUAUUUUUCAACUUUGUAAUAAUUUAAAAAGUUGUUCGUUUUCCGUUUUGUGACAAAAUUUUGUUAUGAUGGGGUUUCAAAAGGAAGGCCA